AUGACAAGAAAAGGGCUGCAACUGUAUAUUUUCAAUACUCAUCAAACUUCAAAUAAUUCAUUCAUUCUAUGCAUUUUUUGCUUAAAUUGUUCUUUGCUAAACUGUCACUAUAAUGGUGAUGUGGAUAUGAAUGAUGAUGAUGAAGGUGACUAUAAUGAUGAUGAAGUUGAUGCUACUGCUGAUGACGACAACAAUGGCUCUAAAAAUGACGAUGGCGAUGAAGACGAGCAUGAUAAUAAUAAUGAUGGCAACGAUUAG